AUGGACGAUUCAGGUGCGAUUCUAUGUCAAAUCUCCAUUUACAAGGACAUGCUUGAUCAGGUCAAUUCGGAAAUCGAAUCGAACAUUAAGGUGACCCGAGAGAUCGAAUCAGAGAUCGUGAAAUGCUCAGAGAUCGAAUCGAAUCUUUCCGCAAAGGAAUCCGAGCUCACGAAAUCGUUCCUUGCUUCUCAGUUCGAAAUCCGCGGCUUGAUCUCCGUAACAACCGAUUCGAGAAACUCUGUGAAGCUAUUGGAGGAUGAGAUUUCGCGACUGAGAAGUGAACACUGUGAGCUUCUUCAAAGGAUAACACAGAAACGGGAAGAGUUUGUGAAGAUGUGCAUUGAUUUCCAGAAGGAUAUAUGUGUUGAUGAAGAUGAUGAAUUAAAGAGUUUAUUAUCGGAGAAGGAGUUUCUGGAGAAUGAAGUUCGUGUGUUAGAAGAGAAGAACACAGUUGUGAAGAACUCGAUCUUGGCUUACAUGGAAGAUGAGAUGAUGAUUCUAUUCUCUGAUGAUCAGUUUCUUGAGUGA